AUGCAGCGGUGUUGGACUGGAUUCAUCAUCAUCUUCAGCAUCAUGACAUCAGUGUUCAACACUGAUGCUUCACUGCCGUACAACCAUGAUUUAUUUGAAAGUCUUAUUGUAAAGAAAAGAGUAAAGGUGGACGGGGAAGGCUUGGGCUGGAAAUGCAAUUGCAUUACCAUUUUUACGGAACACUUCGCCAUACAUGUUCCAACUCUCAACCGAGAGGGCCAGAAGACUGUGUUCGUCAGAAUACCCAUAAAUCAACCUGGGUCGCCGAGGUACACAAACCGCCACACCACGGCAAAGUCCAAUCUUUUCGUGACGAUGUUUCACGUUUACGCGUUUGUUGAAUCAUUUGGCGCAAUAUGGCUUACCAAGUUAAUUGUUCAGCUCCAUUCG